GGAAUUUCCAGGGGGAAGGAGACAAAGUGAAGAUCCGAGUCGAGUCCGGACUCACCUGCAGGAACCUUCCGUCUCUGUUCGUCCUCGUCGUCCUCUCGGAUUAAACGUCUUCUUCCUGCGUCCGAGCUGUGAUGACGCGCUGCUGACCUGUCCCGGUCCUGGUCCCGGUCCUGGUCCCGGUCCUGGUCCCGGUCCUGGUCCCGGUCCCGGUCCCCGGUCCCGCGGGGACAUGUCGAGGUGAUGAAGUGAAGCGGACUCGAGGACCGUCACCUGGUUCAGUUCACCUGAGCAGACACGAUGGCUGGAGACGAGCAUUACCUUCACACGAACAACCAGAUCUUCGACAACAUCAUGAACGACCAGUUGUGGGAGUUCCCACAUUUUCCUGUCGUGUCUCAGACGACGUCUGGGAGAACUGGUGACGGGCCGUACCUGCAGAUCCUGGAGCAGCCGAAGCAGCGAGGCUUCAGGUUCAGGUACGGUUGUGAAGGUCCGUCUCACGGCGGCCUGCCCGGAGCGUCCAGCGAGAAGAACAGGAAGACCUACCCCACCGUCAAGGUCAGUAACUACCAGGGUCCAGCCCGUGUGGUGGUCCAGCUGGUGACGGCGCUCACCCCCCUCCCUCAGCUUCACGCUCACAGUCUGGUGGGGAAACAGUGUGACAAAGGGAUCUGCAUCGCCGACCUGCUGCCCAAAGACUCCAACAUCAGUUUCCCAAACCUGGGGAUUCUCCAUGUGACGAAGAAGAACGUGGUGAAGACUCUGGAGGAGCGGAUGAGCGAGGCCGUCAGAAUGGGCCACAACUGUGGCGUGUUCAUCCACCCCGAGAUCGACGCCCUGCAGGGGGAGGUCCGGGUCCCCCGAGAGCUGCACGAGCACCAGCGCAGUGCGAUCAGCAGCGCGGCGUCUCUCCAGGCUAAAGAGAUGGAUCUCAGCGUGGUGCGGCUCAUGUUCACCGCGUUCCUCCCCGACAGCGACGGAGGUUUCUCCAGGCGUCUCGAGCCCGUCGUGUCCGAGCCGAUCUACGACAGCAAGGCUCCGAACGCCUCCAACCUGAAGAUCGUGAGGAUGGACCGAACUGCCGGCUGCGUGACGGGCGGAGAGGAGGUUUACCUGCUCUGCGACAAAGUCCAGAAAGAUGAUAUUCAGGUUCGGUUCUAUGAAGAAGACGACUCGGGGGUGACCUGGGAGGCUCUGGGUGAUUUCUCACCGACCGACGUCCACAGACAGUUCGCCAUCGUCUUCAAGACUCCCAAGUACCGGGACCAGAACCUGCAGAGGCCCACGUCAGUGUUCGUACAGCUGAAGAGGAAGUCUGACAACGAGAGCAGCGAGCCCAAACCCUUCACCUACCACCCGCAGAUCAUAGACAAGGAGGAGGUGCAGAGGAAGAGGCAGAAGACGUUGCCCAACUUCCACGACUUCAGUGGUCAUGGAGGAGGGGGAGGGGGAGGAGGGGGAGGGGGUCUGUACCGAGGAGGGGGAGGAGGAGGAGGACCAGCAGCAGGAGGAGGAGGAGGAGGAGCCCCGGGCUCAGUCGGAGGAGGAGGUUAUUACCAGGGUUUUACUACCUACAACUAUGGAGGAGGAGGUGGUUUCUCCACAGGAUACUCAGCCGGUGUGGGAGGAGGAGGAGGAGGAGGAGGAGGCAUCAAACACGCCUCUGGGAGCGACGCAGGAGACGAAGAGUCGGGGUCGGGGGCCGCACCGCGAGCUCCUGCCCAGACCGGAGGCAUGGAGGUCGGGGAGGGGGCCGAGGAGGGAGGGGUCAGAGUGGAGCCAGAACCAGGUGAGCAGUGGGUUCAGGUGACCAGCAGACAGUUGGACUCUCUCUUUCAGUACUCUGUCACUGGUGACCCGGUGUACCUGCUGGCUCCACAGCGCCCCCUGAUGACAGCACAGGACGAGGACGGAGACACCGGACUCCACCUGGCGGUUCUACACAGCCAGCAGGAGGCGCUGAAGAGUCUGACCCAGGUCGUGUCUGCUCUGCCUGGAGAGGAAGUGCUAAACAUGAGGAACCACCUGUACCAGACUCCUUUGCACCUGGCAGUGAUCACGCAGCAGAAGGAAGCUGUGGAGGCGCUGCUGCGGGCCGGCGCCGACCCGACUUUGACGGAUCGUCAUGGCAACACUGCGCUUCACCUGGCGUCACAGCAGGAAGAAGGAGGAGGGAUGAUCCAACUUCUACUACAACACAGAGAACUGAGAGGACUGCUGGAGAACAAUAACACAGCAGGUCUGUGUGCGAUCCACCUGGCCGUCCUGGCCAAUCGGCUCUGUUCUCUCAGGGAGCUGCUGGAGGGCGGGGCCAACGUGGAGGCUCAGGAGCGUGGCUCCGGGCGAACCGCCCUGCACCUCGCCACCGAGACCGACAACGUGUCGCUGGCCGGCUGCCUGCUGCUAGAGGGAAACGCCUCGGUGGACUGCUGCACCUUUAACGGCUCCACCCCCCUCCACGUCGCUGUGGGGCGGGGCUCCGUCAAGCUCACCGCUCUCCUGAUGGCGGCAGGUGCCGACCCUCAGAAGCAGAACUUUGAGCCGCUCUUCUUCAGAGAGGAGGAGGAGAAGGAGGAUGAAGAAGAUGAAGGCUACAUCCCAGGAACCACUCCUCUCAACAUGGCUGCCACCUCGCAGGUGCUGGAGCUUCUCAAUGGUAAAGAGUAUGAACCGAAAAGUCCUCACAGGGUCGUCAGACCUCCACAAGGCGACCUGGCGAGCCUGGAUGUGGAGGUGAAGCAGGAAGUGUGUCGUGCUCUGGAGAGUGAAGGAUGCUGGGAGACGCUGGCACACAGUCUGGGUCUCGGGAUCCUCAACACGGCCUUCAGGCUGAGCCCCUCCCCCGCCAAGACACUGCUGGACAGCUACGAGGUUUCGGGCGGGACGGUCAGUGACCUCUUGGCUGCUCUGAGGUCAGCGGGGGAGGGCGGAGCGCUGAGCGUCCUGGAGGAGGCGCUGCAUCUCUCUGACGGUGCGGAAACGCCGCCGCCGACAGUCGAGUGUCUGGGAGCACCGGUCCACGACCUGAAGAUGGAAACUCGGAUUGACAGCGGGGUCUGUGACAGCGGGGUGGAGCUGUCCACAGCCUAGCCUCCUGAUUGGUUCAGACUCCAGCUCCCAUCCAAUCAUCAUCAUCCAUCCAGUGCUCGUCACGACGGAGGAGUUUUUAAAUGAAACGUGUCGAACUUUGAUAAAACGUGAAGAAAGAAACGUCACAAACAUGCAACGCCUCUGUCAGAGGGAAGGUCAGAGUCUGGAAAGAAAGAUGGCAGACAUUACGCCUCCAAACAGCAGGAAGUGGAGACGCUCCGUCCAUCUUUGUUUCCGGCCGCUGACCUGAGCUCAGCUGUUCAAACUGAGACGAUUUCUCUCGUUUUCAUUUUAAAUCGUCUGAAAUUCUUCAAAUUUAACCUCGUUGUAUUUUUCCGUCUCGUCACUGAAACAAACUAAAGGGACUUAUUCUAUUUUACUGUGACUCGAACGAAACUGAACGUUCACGUCGCUGCGUUAGAAGAGAAGUGUCGCAGGAGCAAGGCAGUUUCAGAUAUUUAUCUCCUCUGAGCUCUGUACAGUUCAACACAAGCUUCUCACUGGUUCAUUUUUAAAUAAAAACUUUUAUAUAUA